UUCCCCGGAACACGACAAAAGUGAAAUUUUGUUAUAUAAUAUGCAACUUAAUGAGAGUCGCGUAUUAGAUAGACCUUAAACCCCAUUAACCAAACAAGCAGUGAUGUCACUGAGGGUGAUGAUGUGAAGUGAGUGAUGAUGAGCGAGACUCACACCCUGUGUCAGUGCUGGGCCGCACCUCACACUCUGUAUCAGUGCUGGGCCGCACCUUACACCCUGCAUCAGUACAUUGCUGGACAAUAAACUCGCCUUGCUGAAGACUUCUUGCUGGUACAGCAGCAGGUGGGGCUCCACACUCACUGUAACUCGCUAAAUGAGUGCUGAACCUCCUAAACAGCCAGCACCAAGUCGGCCACCACCACCAAGCAACCUGUUGGGAACAGCGUGUACAAUCACACCGGAGGAGGAAUUUGAGAAGACGUAUGUAGAGGCAUACAAGCUGAUUGACCAUGGUAUCACAUUGGUGACAAAAGGGCUUCAUACUCAGGCUGGAGUUGUGCUGCAGAAAGGUCUUGCAAUGAUUGACAAAGCUCUCACUACCAAAGUUGAAUCCUUUGACUGUAGUGCUGAAAAGGUACAGCAGUAUGCUGAGAUGCAGCUCAAGAUGAGAUGCACAAGGAAAGAAGUGUUGAGCCACUUUGCUGACUGCCAGACAUCAGUUAUCUCAAGUAGUAAUGCUACAGCUCCUCAAGUAGAGGAUGCCCCACCCUCCUAUGAUGAUUAUCUUAAGUCUCUUGAUCUAGGUGCAACGAGCAGCAUCAGUAUGUCAGCAACAAGAAGUACUUAUCCUCGCCUCAACGCUCUUAACCCUCAGGUUCAAGAGUCGGCCUUUGAGGAAAUUGCAGAGGAGACUCCUCUUGUGACCCCAGUCUUGUCACCUCAGCAGGGAGAGAUGAUCUUCGAAAUAGAGAAUGGUGUUCAGAUAUUCUUCAUCUACCCUGAUGGCCAGGUCACAAGUCCCUCGUAUCCAUCCUUUCUUGCUGUCUUCAGUUUUCCUCAAUCUAUUGGUGGUGCUGCAGCUCCCAGCGCUGCCCGAGGGUUCAUUCAGGUUGGCGAGUGGAAUUAUCCACUGAUCCCUGCCCAGAGUCCUGUGCUCCAUUCUUUCUAUGGUGCUUACAUGUUCCCAGAUGUCAGCAGUAGUGUACCAGGUUCAAGUGUGGGAGUGAUAAUUCCAGACACAGUGGACAAGGAAACCAAAGAAUUCUUUGAGCAGAUCCUGAUCCAAAUGACCUCAUACCAAGAGCAGGCAGUGCCUCCUGGAGUUGACCAUUUGAAACAAACGAAGAUUAUCCAGCAGUCCACGUCGGAGCGGAUUGCAUCAGGUUUGGUGACAGGAGCAGAGGUGUUGUCAAAAGGGGUUGUCUGGGGUGCAGAAAAACUCGGUGAGCUGAUAAGCUUUGGAUCUGAGAGCUUGAAAGGUUAUCUUCAGCCAGUAGAGCAGAAAAAAGAAAUUGAUCCUAAAUGGCAGUCAACAGCCAGAGUGGCAAGAGAUGUAUCUGGGAAAGCAGUGAAAGUCAGUGGAUAUCUCUUAAGUCAGGUUGGGAAGGCAACAAUGGCACUGGGAAAGCGCUUGGCACCACAGAUUCAGAAACAGAGCACCCGGGCUAUCAGUCACUUUACAGGACAGAAUGAACAACAAGCCAGCUCAAAUGUCGAAGGUGUGAUGGAAGUAGCAGCAGGAGCAUUGCGAGGAGCCUCCACCAUCUACAUGAGUUUAGAAACUGCUGCAGCCACUUUAGCCUCCAGUAUUACUGAUAACACUGUCAAAGUGAUCACUCAUAAGUAUGGUGAUGAUGCUGGACAUUUGGCCGACAAUACCUUGUAUGCUGUUGGACAAACUGCUUUGGCGGGACAUAACAUUUCCUCUUUAGGGGUCAAAGGAAUUGCCAAACGUACUGCAAAAGACACUGGUAGGGCUCUUGUUUAUGAGCACGAGGCCAAGAAAAAAGAAUCGGUGACCUCUGGACAAGUAGAGAAAGCAGAUGAAGCAGUGGAAAAUGAGAACCCUGGAUCAGUACCAGUGAGGCCAGUGAGGGAGAAGAAAAAGCCACCUCUGUGAAGUGGCCACUGGUGGGAAAGGGCCUGGGCCUGCAUAUUCCAGCAAGUACAGCACUUGCCAGCCACUGUUGCUCUGAAUAAAAAAGUACCGUCCUUCUCAGGGUAUUAUGGAAUAUUUCUCAAUAGUAGAAUCAAAACUUAAAUGAAAAAAAUGAAUUGAAGCUGUCACAAACUCAUCCAUUAUAAUUCUAUUACAGUAUUUAGGUGCUUGAUGCAUAUAGAGGUCAUAAUAAGCUCACUAAAUUACUUUAAACUAUCGUCUGUUUGAGUUUGUAGAUGUAGUUAUUAUGUACAUUUGUAUAAACAUAUAUAAACCAUAAUUUACAUAUUUUUAUCUUUUGAUAGAAAACUAAAGUAGAUGGAGAAGAAUCUUUCCUCUGUAAGCCAUGUGUGUUGUAAGAGAUGACUAAAAUUCCCAAAGCAAGGGGCUAGUGACCCCUUCUGUAUAAAUUACUAAAAUAUAAAAAGAAGAGAACUUUGUUUUUCUUCUCUUUCAGGUCACCCUGCCUCAGUGGGAGAUGGCUGUUGUGUUAAAAAAAAAAAAAGGCAGACUAUCUUAGUUUGUAUGUAAUGACUUCUAUUUGUACUAUUCUAUAAUUGCUUGUUUACUUUUAUGACAUAAUCCAAAUAGAAUUUAAGAUUGCAGCUAUUCCUUUCAAAAAAGUUAUUGAAAUAAAAUAUUUGAAUUCUGCAUUGCCUUUUGUUACAUAAUGAAGACAUCAGAUGAGGUUGGGAUGGAGUAGAAAGUAUAAUACUUUAACAUAAAGUAAUACUGAAAGAGGUAAAAAGGUCAAAUAAAUUUGUCAAGAAUUAGUCACAAAUAUACAGUGGAACCUCAGUUUUCGUUUGCCCUGGUUUUCGUCGAAUUCGGUUUUCGACGACUUUUUUCGUCAAAAUUUUGUCCCAGUUUUCGUUCGUCACCUCAGAUUUUGUUGAUUUGACAGUGGUCCACCGUACCGAAUAUGUCCACCUGCUCGCGCCUACACAAAGCAUCCCACAUAUUCUGCGCAUCCAUCCGAAACAUUUCGUAAUAAUCCAUUGUUUUUUGUGCUUGUUUAUUGUGUGCGACUGUUAAAUAAGUCACCAUGGGGCCAAAGAAAGCUCUGAAUCCCAGUCCUUUGAUAAAGAAGGUGAGAAACACGAUAGAAUUCAAGAAAGAACUUGUAGCAAAGUACGAAAGUGGAACUAGUGGCAAAGUUUUGUGGAGAAAUAUCACUACCACCUUCUACAAAGGCAGAGGGUGGUAGUGAUGGUGGUGAAGGGUGGUAGUGGUGGUGGUAGUGGUGAUGGUAGUGGUGGUGGUAGUGAUGGUGGUAGUGGUGGUGGUAGUGGUGGUGGUAGUGAUGGUGGUAGUGAUGGUGGUAGUGAUGGUGGUAGUGAUGGUGGUAGUGAUGGUGGUAGUGAUGGUGGUAGAGGGUAGUAGUGAUGGUGGUAAAGAUAAUCUCUCUUCCCUCUCCCCUCCUCACUGUCUUCCAUAUGCCAGCAAGAGUCCUCAAUAAAGGUAAAAGUGAUGUUAAAUGUUCAUUUAUCCAUUUCAUUUGUCCUUUAUAUUUUUUCUCAUUAUUCUCUAUAAAAUGUAAUUUUUGUUAAUACUUUUGGGUGUCUGGAAUGGAUUAAUUGGAUUUACAUUAUUUCUAUUGGGAAAUAUUGCUUCAGUUUUCAUUGAAUUUGGUUUUCAUCAGACUUUCUGGAAUGAAUUAAUGACAAAAACCGAAGUUCCACUGUACUUAGAGGGAAACUUGCAUUUUAUCAUUGUAUUGAAAAUGUGUAAAUGGCAUCCAUUUCUUUCCUUAUGAAUACAAUUAAUUUAAUUUUUGCUGUUUAAUUCAUUUGACUCAAGUUACCUUAGCAAUUGUGGUGCUGGAGCUUAUAUGCUUAGAUAAGAGAGGGACUGUUUGGACCUUUGUAACCUGACUAAAAGAAUGAAGAAUAAAGUUAUUGAAUUAUUAAGAGAUUUUAAGUGUUGUCAUAUAUGUAGGUAGCUAACCAAAGAAAUUUAUGAUGGUUUGGCAUAAUUUAAAUGUUUAAUUUUAUGGAUUUUGAUUUUUACACCUUCAUUUGAGAACAAGAAAAGCAGAAAAGUGAAGGUGGGAAGGGCUCUGCUUUCAAUCUGUAGGAAGGGUGGAGAUAUUGUGGCUGGAGAGUAAUCUGAAUUGUGAUGUCAGCACACUUCUGGCAAAACGGCAAUUGAAUGAACGAUGAUGAAUGCAUUUUUACUGCAUUACCUUGCCUUGGCAGAUGGCAAUUGAGGUAUGAAAAAAAAAGUAUAUGUAUAUAUGUGCAUGGGAGGGAAUAGGUGGUGGGGGUUGACAUGUCCAUGCCAUAAAGUUCCACACAUUUUCUUUUGGAUUUAAGUCCAGUGAGUUACCUGGCCAGUCAUUAAAGAUUGAAAUUUCACAGUCAUUUAGCUAAUUGUUUGCCUUUGGCAGUAUGGCAUGGGGCUUUGUCUUGCACACAAAAUUUCCCUAGCACUUCUUGAAACUAUCAGCAAAUGUGGUAGUCUGCUAAAGGCAUACUUAUGUACAUGCAUAGUAAUGAUGUCUACUGUUCAUGCAUUUAUUUAUUCACGAACAGUAGGCAUACUGUACCUCAUUUAUUAAGAUGAGGUACAGUAUGUUUUUUAUGGAUAAUUUAGCUGUAUAGCCCUUGUGGCUUAGUGCUUCUUUUUGAUUAUAAUAAUAUGGAUAAUUUAUCUUAUAGAUCUGAUAUUUGCCAUGGCUGUUGAUUGUGCCUUUGAAAGGAUGUCGGAGAAAACUGUACUGAGUUCCGUGAUAUUGAACCCUUUUGAGGUCCGUGCUGUAGUACUACAGGUUGAGCUUGGGGUCUGUGUUCUAGAACUACGUGAUGAGCUCAGCUCAGAUAAGUAGUGAGUGGUAAAUUUUGGCCUAGAUAUGAGAGAAUGGGUUUAUGCAGUGAGUGUGCACCAUAUAAAGAAAAUAUCCUGCCCAAUGCAGUGCAUGAUGGAGGAAAAAACUGUGUGUAUUUGGUUUAAAUCAGCAACUUUGCAGUGUAUUUUUGGAUGGUUUUUAUAGUUGUAUUUUCAUUUUCUUGAUAUCAUUUGAGAGAAUGGAAGAUAUAUUACAGAAAUAGAGAUGAUUUAGGAUUGCAGAAGCGUUUGAUUUUUGCCAAUAUUCCAGAGGACAGGGAUUACAUCACUUGUCCAGCAUGCGCCCAACCAGUUGGUUUGAUACGGGUUCAUGAAUAUGCUGACAUUAUUUAUACAAUUAUUGCAAUAAUGCAGUGGUCUACACAACAGUAAAUCUAUUUUUUGUGUUAAUAAAAAUUCAAAAUGGAAAGCAAGUGUAAUAUAGGAGAGGCCUGGAGACAUAAUUAAUGAACAGAGGAAUUUUUUUUUUAGGGCCAGGAAUGCCUGAUUGUUUAUUCUGGACCCUAUUUUUAAAUUGUCAAUUUUUUAGUUUUGUGUGAAACUUGCCAGAUUAUUGAUUUCUGAUCACUUUAUUGGGUUGUUGAAAUAGUUAAAUGGGCGGUUUCUUGAACUGUAUCGAUAGAAUGGAAGGUAUACUAGUGAAAUAACUAAGAGUUUGGUUGAUUGGAACAAUGGAAUUGGCCUAAUAUAGGACUCAGAGUGGGUGAAAUCUCCUAUGUGUAAAUAUCGCCAAGCCCUCUAAAUUUGCAAAAGCGUAAUUGUGUAAGUUUUCCAUCAAAUUUCUUACUUUUGGUGUCUUUACCUCUACAAUUUCAUAUAUUUUUUUUUUAAAUUUUGGACCCUGAGAGCAAUUUUCAUAUCGAGUCUGGACUCCGAAAGGAUCAACAGUAGUCUUGCAUGUACUGUGUGACUGUUUCAUGCAAAUAAAGCUAUUAGCACUUAAAGUAUCCACACCCCUCAAAUUGAAAGCCCAUUCUCUGCCCACAAGUUUGACAGAAAAAAUUAUAUUCUAAAAUGGUAGAGAAUAAUUUUCUAAAAGUAAUGAUGACACCAAAAAUGCCAAAUAUGAUGAAAUACUUACCAAAUAUGCUUGUAUGAGUUUGGAGGCUGGGGAGCACUUUACACAGUGAUUUUUGCCUACUUUGACUCCUCUCUUAACCUUUUCAGGGUCCCCAGGCCCUCUCCCAGACUUGUUCUCAGGGUCACCCAAAUUUUAAAAAAAAAAUUAAUUUUUUCUUAUGAAAAGACAGAGAAUCUUUUCUCGAUCAUAAUGACACCAAAAGUAUGAAAUUUGAUAGAAAACUUAUGGAAUUAUGCUCUCGUGAAGUUAGCGGUCUCGAUGAUGUUUACGCAUCGGCGAUUUUGCCCACUUUGAGCCCUAUUUUAGGCCAAUUCCAGCGUACUAGUUGACAAAAAUCAUAACUAUUUCACUAGAACUCCAUUUUUUCUAUCGAAUGAGUACAAGAAACCACCCAUUUACCAAUUUCAACUAUCCAAUACAGUGGUCAGAAUUUAGCAAUUUUGCCAAUUUCACAAAUUUCAAAAGAUGCCAAUUUCUAAAAAGGGUCCAGAAUAAACAAGAAAGACAUUCCUGGCACUAAAAUAACAUUUCCUCUGUUCAUUAGUCACAUCCCCACGCCCCUCUUACAUUCUUUUGCUUUCCACUUUGAAUUUUUAUUCUCACAAAAAAUAGAAUGUUUACUGUUAUGUAGACUACUGCAUUAGUGUAGAAAUGGUAUAAAUAAUAUCGGCACACUUGUGUAUUGGACGCUUAGCAUGAUUUGUUUACUUUUGAACUUUGAUAAAAAUCGAACAUUUCUGCUACUUUGAGCUCAAUUUCAAGGUACUUUUCAUUGUAAAACCAGUCAAAGUCAUCUCAAUUUCUGUAAUAUGUCUUCCAUUCUAUAAAAUGAGACUAGGAAAACUAGAAUACAACAAUAAAUACCAUACAAAAAUACAGUGCAAAGUCGCUGUUUUAAUCCAAAAACACAGUCAGUUUUUUUUUUCUCAUUACGCACUGUGCUGCAGGAUUUUUUUUAUACUGCGCACACUGACCUCAUAGACCCAUUCUUUCAUAUGUAGGCCUACCAACUUUCUCUCGCUAGAUUUGAGGGCGCUAGAAUUUAGGCGUACUAGUACAUCAAAAACCCUGGUGUGUAAGCCGUACUAGUACGUCUGAAACCCUGAAAGGGUUAAGCCAGUUCCUGUGCUACCCAAUUCCUGGCUGUUUCAUUUCUAUCCCUUCCAUACUAUCCAAUGCUCACAAGGAACUGCCCAUUCAUCCAUUAUAACCACCCUAUUAAGCAGAAUUAAGAAAUUUGUCCAAUUUUACACUAUUCAAUAAAUUCCAAUGUAAAAAUAGUGUCCAAAACAAACACUAGGCAUUAGAACCACUAAAGCAACCUUCUUGUUCAUUAUGUUCUCAGGCCUCUCCUCUUUCCCUCCAUUUUUAAUCCAUUGUUACACAAAUUGAUACUUUCCCCAAUAUAUCUCAAUUAACCCUUAAACGGUCUAAACGUAUAUAUACGUUCACGCGCGUAGCGCCCCAAACGUAUAUAUACGUUUUCUUUGUCAUUCAUUCAACAUUGCCACAAUAAGCCUGAGUCACCUAGACAUGAGAGAAUGGGUGUGUGCACUCACUGUGUUCCAUAUUUAAAUAAUUGGGGAUGCCUGGGUACCAUAUGCUCUUUUUUCCUUUUAAAAGAAAAGAUUUCUUUUUUCCUCAAAAAAUUUGGAGCGCUACGUGAGUGAACGUAUAUAUACGUUUGGACCGUUUAAGGGUUAAUAAACUAGUACAGUGGUACCUCGGGAUAAGAAUUUAUUUCGUUCCAGAAGGCUGUUCGAAUCCUGCUACCGAACGAAUUUGUUCCCAUAAGGAAUAAUGUAAAUUAGAUUAAUCCAUUUUAGACCCCCAAAAGUACACUUACAAAAGCACUUACAUAAAUACACUUACAUAAUUGUACGAGUUUUGAGAUGUUCAUAACGUGAGGUACCACUGUAAGACCACAAGUAAGGGCUCUACCCUUCCUCAGAAAACUUACCCAAAUCGACCAUCUCCACCAUUUUAAGGCCUAUCUCGGGCUACUUCCGGUCUUAAACCAACCAAAAGCUUCUGCAUAUUGGUAGUCUGGUCUAUCUAUUGGCACCAAGAAAUAACCAAUAAAACCAAAAAAACAAAUUCGCUAUUUUAAAUCAAACACGGGUCAGAGGUUAGCCGUUUACAUCAUUCACUGCUUGGGGUAGGAUAAUUUGCUGUUCACAACAAAUCUGAGGGAACUAUGAAACUUACAUUCUAGUAUGUCAUGGAUGUUGAUCUCUAUAACUUAGUAGUACACACAUGGCAGACAAUUUUUGGGGUUAAUGGAUGGUGUGUGACUGAUAAAUGUGAUUGGUUUCAGGAGUUUUGCAAGUGAAUCUCAAGUGUGCCAGUAUUUAUUUUUAAAUUAAGCUUCAUGGGAGUUUAACAUUAAUACUCGCAUUAUUUAAAGUUUUGUCUACUUAGCUUAAGAUUUUUUAUUUUAUUUUACAAGUCUGUAUUUAGCUAACCAUGUGUCGGAAAUACACCAAAAAUUACAUUAUAUUGAUAGUU